GUUAUGGGAUUAACAAAGGAUUACUUGCGUUAUGUGCACAGUGGUAGCUGCGGAUGCGUUGGCUCCGCAAAUGGUGAGAUCUGUGCCGUUGAUGAGAAGGUUUGCGCAGUUACUGCUUGUGAGAAUGUCAAUUUCUACAAUUUGAGGACAAAUGAGAAGGUUAAUGAAAUAUCUGAAUCUGUGAAGGAUGCAACCUGUAUAAAACUGAGCCAUGACAAAAGGUGGCUUGCAGUCGGUUACGCUGACGGUGUUAUUCGAUUAUUCGAUAGGAACUCUAACGAAAUGAACAGUGUCAUUUUCUCCGGUCACAAAAAAGGUGUUAACUGUUUGAUGUUCAGUGAUGACGGGCUUACUUUAGCCUCAGGAGGAAAGGAUUGUGCAGUCAUAUUGUGGGACGUUGUAUCGGAAAGCGGUCUCUUUCGACUCAAUGGGCACAAAGGCCCUGUGACUCAUUUGGCUUUUGUGCGUAAUGGUCAAUUUCUGAUAACAUCGUAA